CAGCCAAUCAGGAAGCUCGAUGUUGCUGGGUGCGGACGCAGUUGGCGUUGCUAAUGAGACGAAGAUGGAGGCGGUGCCGGGGCAACAAGGUGGAGCAGCAGAAUGUGAUCUAGCAUCUUGCAAAAUUUGUGGACGAACGUUUUUACCAGCAGUGCGGUUAAAGCAUGAGCCUAUCUGCCAAAAAAAUGUUAAUAAGAAAAGGAAAACCUUUGACUCCAGUAGGCAGCGAGCUGAAGGAACUGACAUUCCCACCUUAAAACCGCUGAAACCCAAGCCUGAGCCUCCCAAAAAACCCUCAAACUGGAGAUUAAAACAUGAAAAUUUUAUUGCCACCAUCAGAGCAGCUAAAAAGAUGAGUAAAACUGUGAAAGAUGGAGGUUCCCUUCCACCACCACCUCCACCUUUAUAUGAUCCAGAUCUUAUCCAGUGCCCAUACUGUCAGAGAAGAUUUAAUGAGAAUGCUGCAGACAGACACAUUUCUUUCUGCAAAGAACAAGCUGCUCGCAUUACCAAGCCUAAACAUGCUGCAAGCAAAGGGAAACAAAGCACUCCAACUCAGCAUCGGUCUCCAGUGCUUAAGAAGACUAAUUCACCAGUCUCAACACCUGGUGCAUUAACAAGGAUUCCCCAGCCUUCUGUUGGUGGGAAAAGUGGACUUUCUACCACCAAAAGUAACCUAACAGCAGCCUAUGAAAAUAAACUUCGAGAUGGAUCACCUGCAAAACGGAGUUCAUCUGGUGUUGGUAAUGUGGCUGGAGCAUUAAUUCAACCAGCUGGGGGUUUACCCAGUAACAUCAGAUCUCGAACACAAACACUACCAAGUGGAAUGAGGAAUGUUGCUGGAACAAGCUCAGUGAACAAAAAGACCUACAAUGCUGAAAAUUACAUAAGGAAUAAUGUGAAACCUAGUUCAGACACCAGGGAUAAUUCCCUAAGUUUCAAUGAUGGAAUCAUGAAAGCCAGUGUUCGAAGUUCAGCUGGACAGCAAUUGCCAAGAUUUUGUCAUGAAUGUGGAACCAAGUAUCCUAUCGAGUGCGCAAAGUUCUGUUGCGAAUGUGGAGUGAGAAGGAUGACCCUUUGAUCAUGCAGAAUAAUUACAUUCCAGGAAAACAUGCUGAUGCAAUUUUCAAAGCUCAUCACUCCUAAGCUUUGCACUGCUCAAUGAUACACUACCAGGUUUAAGCAACUGUUGUGAACAUUUACAUAAAUGUAUCGUGUAAUGGCAAAGUACGUUAAUCUCUGAAUUCUGUGCUGUGCAAAGUAGAAAAUGUGAAAUAGUAAGAAUCACUGAUUUGGAUAUGAAUCCUUAAUUUCUGUGUUGUUUACAAAUGGCAAUCAGAUUAUAGCAGAGCUCUUGAAUUUCUUUUCACUUGACUGCACUAGAAUUGCGGUCAGACUGGUGCCUUCACCAUGAAUCUUAAGGUGGGAGAAGGAUAGCAUGUAGUCAAUGGGUGUUCACUGUGUUUUCUAGAGAAGGUUUCUCUAGUCAGGUAAAAGAACAUUCAACAUAUUUUGUGUCGAAUAAUCUGCAUAAUAAUAGUUAAAUGAAGAAAUUAAACAAUUUAGUUGGGGUGGGAAGGAAGAAAACUGACCCUUGCUUUUACUUGUGGCUCAGUGUUGAGUUGUCAUCCAAAUAUAAUAACAAACCUGCCACUCAUCAAAUACAUUAUAAAUUGGGCAAACCGAAUGGAAACAUUCUGGGUUGAAUAAUAAAACAAUUAAAGCUAAACAUGUGAUAUGCUGAACAUAACAGCUCAAAAGAGUUGGAUAAGAGUUGUGAGCUUGCUCAGCAGUUAUGUGUAAAAUCAAGUUAAAGCUUUACCUCAUUUAUCUAUUUAAACCGACGAGUCACAUUACUGUACAAAAUGAUUUUAAAAACAGCAGAUUAUGCAAAUACAAAAUAACCAGAGUUUGAAGUGUUUGUGGAUGUUUUCAGUAUAAAACAUAUUAUGUUGGUAAUGGUAUAUAGCUGUUAGGCUGAAACACUACAAAAUGAUAAAAUGUUUAUUUCAACUACUGACUGUUUUGAAUAAUCUGAAAUAAUUAAAGAAAUAAGCAGUUAUACUGUUAAUGAAACUACUUAUUGACAGAUUAUUGUGACAAUUCAAGACAAUUGUGACAAUUGAAAGCUCACCUCAUCUCCAAAGACAAACCUACACCACAUGUACAGGCUACAUACUGCUUAUAAAUUGGCAUAAACCAGUGUGAUGCUGUUGAAUUACAAUUCUUCUGUCUUGCCAUUUUAUUUGAAGCUGCUGAGUUAUUGUCAAUGGUCUAUAGUACCAAUGAAGAUGUGUUUUUCAUGUAUCAAGGGUGUUUCAUGUGAAUAAUUUGUUUCUAAUGAGAAAAAUGAAUCCAAUAUUAAUGUUAAAAUGUUUAAAUUUAAUACACUAAAAUCAUCUGUGUUGCUCAAAAGGGAGGGCUAGUUGAUACUUUUACAUUUAUUAAAGUACCAGAUUUGGUAGCACUCACCUCUGAACACAAAAGUUGAGGAUUUGAGUUUGUAAUCUGCAUUGGCAAGUCAAUGCGGUCCUUAAAACCAUAAGAUGGCGAAGCAGAAGUAGGCCAUUCAGCCCAUCAAAUCCAAGAAGUGUUCCACUGUCAGAGGUGCGAUGCAUAAGACAUGUAAGCGGACGUUUUUAGGGUGAACUAAUUUCCAACUAUCCUGAUACUGGAAGAUCUAGACUGGUAUAUCAAAGACCAAUCUCCCUUCUCAGGUGAAGUUAAAAGAUCUCAACUCUAUUUGAAAAAGCACAGGGAAGUUCUGCUGAUAUCCUGCUGAAUAGCUAUCUCCCAGCCAAACUAAUAUUUGGGGAAAAAUCUCUUAUUUGGUUAUUUAUCUCAUUGCCACUUUGGGCAUCUGGCUAUUUCCCAUAGUUUCUUAUAAAAUGACUGCAUCAGAAAAGUACUGGAUCAUCUUUGAAGUUUGUGGGAAUUGGUGUAGAAAUAAAGUUCUUUUGAUCAUUAAUAUGAAAGUAUGUAAAAAUAUCACUAAUACGACACAUAGUAAUUGCAGUUCUGAGGAAGGGUCACUGGACCCAAAACAUUAACUCUGAUUUCUGUUCACAGGUGCUGCCAGAUCUGUUGUGCUUUUCCAGCAACUUCUGACUUUGUUUCUGAUUUACAGCAUCCGCAGUUCUUUAGGUUUUUAUGUUACACAGUAAUUGCUGACAGUUGUUGGAAAUAGCACAAUGAAGUAAUACUGUUUUAGAACAUUCCCUCCUUCAUUUUAAAAAUGUAAACAUCCUUUUAAAAAGUGCCGAGGAAAGAGUUUUAAGUUUGUAUGUUGGUUUCACAUGGAGUAAUCUUGAUGUCUCUAAAGCAGAGGCAGAAAUUGAAAGAUGAUAAAGCUAUUUACUCAAAAGUAUCUUUGCAGUUUCAUGUUUGUAAGUAGAAAAUAAAGGCUCCAAUAUGCAAAUACUAAAUGUUGAUUAUAUUUGAAAGCAAUUGUAAACUGCUAAUGUUAUUAUCUGUUAAUUAACAUUGUUGUUUCUCACUGUAAGUUGUACACUAGCAUGUUUUGAAAAAUGUGAAUCAAUAUGAGAUUGGGUUUUAAAUUCCUAUCAUACUGCUUUGUCAGUUAUUUCAUCAUUUACUGGUAAGACAUCUGACUAUAAACAAAGUUCUUACGUUAAAAGAUGUGUUUAAUAUUCAAAACUAGGUGUAACUUAGAAAGAGGUGGGUUACGUUUAACUCAUAUUGAAAUUUUAAAAUCUGAAGCAUCCCAGGAGACAUAUUAGCAAUUUUAAUAUUUCAGUGAGGUGGGCAGACGCUGUCAAAAGCGCAAGGCAGCUUUAAUAAUCCAGAUCUUCCGGUGUCAGGGUAGUUGGAAUCUAGUAUACGCCCAAAAUGUGAGAUGGAGAUGAAGAAAUGUUCAGGGAGAAGUGACUUUACUGCACGUAUUUUGGCCAAGAGGUGCAGGAGUGCUGAUUCUCAGUGUCUCCACCCCAUCUGCAGAAAUUGGAUAUCUCGCACUCCAGUUUAUUUGUAAAAAGGAAGCCUUCAUUUAAAUUUGUGGUUGCAUUACUGAAAAUCACAACUUAAAUGAAUGGAAUUUAAGUGUACCUCGUUUCCCGUUGGAAUCCAUGUUAAAGCUAAACUCUCCUGAAGAAGUUUUAAUUGACCAGGCUCCAUCUAGUGGCAGACAUUUGACUAACCUCUGCCACUAGGUGGAGCCGAGGACAUAGCAAACAGGUGAAAGUGGACACUGACAAAAGGGAAAAGCAGAGGGCAGGAAUAGGAGCCAAGGUGGCGUUAGGGGAUGGGUAAAGUCAAGAAAGUCCGAGGACCACAGAAAGCCAGGGAAACCAAGUGCAACAGCAGAAACAUAGGGGAAAUGUUUUGAGUGCAGUCAGACCACUCAAAGUCUGUCAUACAACUUUAAACUGAAAUUCGCCAAUAAACAAACAUGUUGUCAACUUUAUUAAUGAUUUUAAGCAAAAUAACCUAAAAUGGAUCAACCUUAAACAGGCACUGUAUGCAAAUAUCUCACACACAGGUCAGUGCCUUUGCUAUCUAAUUUGCUUGAGUAUGUGUGGGUGCAUAUUAAUAAAGAUCCAAAGUAGAAUGCCAAUAGAGUUGUUAGUUUGUCAACUAUAUUUUCUACUUUCCAUCCAAAAUAUAUUGCUUUUAACUCAUUUUCUGGUGAAGUGUUUCUUUUGUCAUAAAUAUAAGCUAAGGCAAAUUAAUUGUCACAUACUUCUACUGAUUUUAACAUAUGUUUCAAACUGAUUAACCUCCAGAAAAAAAAUGUCCAUUCUGCUGUUUAGUAUUUUGGCACAUCUUGUUAAUUUUUAAUUAGCUGCAUAUUGAUUGUCUUGGAAUGAAAUAAUCAGGCUUACAUACAAAAAUAUGGAGUCUGUCAUCAAAGUUGCACCGAAGGCAUCUUUAGAAUGAACAUGUUUACAUAUCCAUCUGGGUAAAGGAUAAGUGAAAUAUUUGAUUUGAGAACAUAGAUACUUAGGGGAAAAACAAAAUUAGGGCACCUUUUUUAAAAACUGUUUAGGUCCGUGAUAUUCCUUAAGUCUUAACAUUUUCUUCAGACUGCUAUUUGUGCCUAAAUUUGUUUUCGCUCUAAAAUUUAGAUUAACUGUAAUAAUUUUCUAAUCCAAAAUAUAACAAAAACACUUCAGCAGUUGGAGCAUAAAUUUGUAUUGUUUAGAGGAUGUGAAGACUAGCUUUAAUUAAUCCUUUGAAGACUCUGGAUUCCUUUCAGUCUCAAAAUGGAAGUGACAUUGAAAAAAAACAGGAAUUGUUUGAAGUGUGUAUUGAGUUUUAGUUGUGUGUAUAUGCCUCAAACUUGCACUGUAAUAGUCAUUAGGAACAUUUUUAAAUUCAAUCACAUGAGAUGCUGCACACCAAAUCCAAUUUAUGUUAUUACUUAGUGCUAUGUAUGUUACACAAUGUAAUUUCAGAACAAAUAAAUAAGGUGAUGUUUUAAAAUUCUGUAGAAACUAUGAUCACAUAUCAGGAGGGAGUGAGGACUGCAGAUGCUGGAGAUCAGUCGAGAGUGUAGUGCUGGAAAAGUACAGUAGCAUG